GAGCGGCCGCCAUGUCGGCCCGAGGGCGCUGGCCGUGUGGAGACGCCCGCGGUUUAGUGCAAAAGAAUUGCGAAAUGUGGAACGUGUAAAAAUUUUCCGGCGAAGGGAUGGUCGCUGAUGGUUGAUCUUUGUAUACCUUCAAGCCUGCUCAGUAAUGAGGUUUAAUCCGUGAAAGAGAGCGGCCAACAAGCGCUAAGUGAUGCACAGGCUAUGUUGAAGAGGUUACUGAGCGGGUGAUGGAGAAUUUAAAAACGCGCCUUUGCUGAAAGAGAGGCAGCAAUGGAUCAGAGGAAAGCAGCCUGGCCAGGCAAACUGCCCUACCUACCACAGUGCUGAAAACAAUGGACAGCAGAUGCUGCAGGGAUGUGGAGCUGAGGGAAUAUUUAUGAUUUGCCAAAAUACAGGGGGAACUUGGCAAGGACAUCAGAACUGGGAUGCCCCUGUCUUCUCUCUUCAGAGUUGCCUUGCUGCACCUGCAUCUUUUGUCUGUUAUGCUGUUUCUAAACGGUAAAAACACUUAAAAAUAAGAAGUCAGCAAGGUGGAUUGGGUAAUCAGGUGCAUUUCUCUUCUGGAAGAAAUGGUCCUCGUCAUGAAACUUCUGUUCCUCACCUGCCUAUGGCCAACAGCAGUGCUACACAGUUCUCACAGUCAGCAUCACCGUCUUCAUCAUCAGCAACAAAUGUCAUUCUCAAGGAAACAUAACAGCAAACGAGAAAUUAAAAUGAGGAAACUUGACAGCACAAAGGUCCGACCACUCAAAACUGAGCAGCUUCUUCACAUAGAGGACCAUGACUUUGCACUGAGACCUGGAUUUGGAGGGUCACCAAUACCUGUGGGCAUUGAUGUGCAGGUGGAGAGCAUUGACAGCAUAUCUGAAGUUGACAUGGACUUCACAAUGACUUUGUAUCUCAGACACUACUGGAAGGAUGAGAGACUCUCAUUCCGUAGCAACAAAAACAAAAGUAUGACUUUUGAUGGACGGCUGAUUAAAAAAAUCUGGGUACCUGAUGUGUUUUUUGUGCACUCCAAAAGAUCUUUCAUCCAUGAUACAACUGUGGAAAACAUCAUGCUCAGAGUGUACCCUGAUGGCAACGUCCUCUUCAGUCUGAGAAUAACAGUUUCUGCCAUGUGCUUCAUGGAUUUCAGCAGGUUUCCACUGGACACACAGAACUGUUCUUUAGAACUGGAAAGCUAUGCAUACAAUGAAGAUGAUCUCAUGUUGUACUGGAAACAUGGCAACAAGUCCCUGAGCACAGAUGAGCACAUCUCCCUCUCCCAGUUCUUCAUUGAGGAAUUCAGUGCUUCCAGUGGACUUGCUUUUUACAGCAGUACUGGUUGGUACAAUCGGCUUUUUAUCAACUUUGCACUCCGCAGACACAUUUUCUUUUUUGUGCUGCAAUCCUAUUUCCCAGCCAUGCUGAUGGUCAUGCUGUCUUGGGUUUCCUUUUGGAUUGAUAGAAGAGCUGUUCCUGCCAGGGUGUCAUUAGGUAUAACUACAGUGCUGACAAUGUCAACCAUCAUGACAGGAGUAAGUGCCUCAAUGCCUCAAGUGUCUUACAUAAAGGCUGUGGAUGUGUAUUUAUGGAUCAGCUUCCUUUUUGUCUUCCUGUCAGUCAUUGAGUAUGCAGCAGUGAACUAUCUCACCACAAUAGAAGAGAGAAAACAGCUCAAAAAAAGGGGCAAGGCUUCAGGAAUGUACAGCAUGGAUGCAGUGCAAGCAAUGGCUUUUGAUGGCUGCUUCCAUGACACGGAUGUGGACAUGGACCUGACUCCUUUCCCAGACCCCUGUGAGGAGAGUGAGACCAGGACAAGCCAAACCAACAUCUCCAAUGAGGACACACCUCGCUUGAAGAGGAAGAGAUCUCUGAAGGGAAACGUGGGCAGGAUUAUUUUACAGAACAAUCACGUUAUUGACACGUAUUCCAGGAUUAUAUUUCCCAGUGUAUAUAUUGUGUUCAACUUUUUUUACUGGGGUUUGUACAUAUAA